CUCCUUUGGCAACCCACUUCUUCUCUUUCCAUUUCAUACCAUUUUUCCUCGUUCCUUAUAAAUUCACUUCUUCUUCCUCUAAUCUUGUAUGCCAAGUUUCUAAUUUGAGCCACAAUGCCGGAGAAAUCGAGCCAUAAUGUUGUUUUAGAGCCUCGUUUGGUGGCUAGGAAGUUCCUGGCUAGGCCUCAGCAUGAAGGGAUGGGUGCCAUUGUUCGAAGGAGCAUUGGAAGGUUUGAGCUGAAAUACUUUGACCCUUUUCUGGUUUUGGAUGAGUUUUCAGUUACUGCCCCAGCUGGGUUCCCAGAUCAUCCACAUAGAGGAUUUGAGACAGUGACCUACAUGUUACAGGGAAGUGUGACACAUGAAGAUUUUGAAGGCCACAAGGGAACAAUAGGAGCAGGUGACUUGCAGUGGAUGACUGCAGGUAGAGGUAUUGUACAUUCAGAAAUGCCUGCAGCUCAAGGUACCCAAAAGGGCCUCCAGCUAUGGAUCAACCUCUCUUCCAAGAACAAAAUGAUUGAACCAAACUACCAAGAAGUUUCAAGCAAGGAAAUCCCUGAAGCUACCAAAGAUGGAGUGAUAGUGAAAGUAAUAGCCGGUGAGGCAUUGGGAGCAAAGUCACCAAUCUACACAAGAACACCAACCAUGUACUUAGACAUCACUCUCAAGCCAAAAGCUCAUCUCCAGCAGCCGAUCCCAUCGUCCUGGAACGCGUUCGUUUACGUUCUUGAGGGCGAAGGCAUAUUCGGCAGUUCGAAGGCGACAUUGACGACAGCACAUAACCUUCUUCUGCUCGGGUUCGGGGACGGUUUAGAGGUGUGGAAUAAGUCAGCUAAGGCUCUCAGGUUCAUUUUGGUAGGAGGUGAACCAUUGAGUGAGGCUGUUGUGCAAUUUGGUCCAUUUGUGAUGAACACUCAAGAGGAAAUUGACCAAACAAUUGAUGAUUUUGAUAAUUAUACCAAUGGGUUUGAGAAAGCAAGGCAUUGGAGAUCAGAAGCUGCAAUUUCUCUUGGGUUCUAACCCUUUUUUUUUUUUUUUUUUUCAUAACAAA